AUGAUUCUAACAUUUGUUCAAGCCAACCAUAAUUUAAAGAAUGUCUGGAUGAAAGAAGUUGGUAAUAAAAAAAAGAAAAGAAUUACAGUUAUAGCUGUAAUUUCAAAGAUAACUUUGGAUAUCAUUGGUCUUGUUAAUUCUCUUAAAACAAUUUAUAAUAUUUCUGAGAAACUGCUUGCUGAACAAAAAAAUAGUCCUGUUCGAGAAACAAAUUUAUUGCCAUUAUUGACAAAAGCAAAUGAUAACUUACCCGUUGAUAAACAAUUAACUCACAAUGAAUUAGUUAGUCAGAUUAUGAUAUUACUCAUAGCUGGAUAUGAAACCACCAGUAUUACAUUAUCUUAG